GAAGUCUUGAGACUGCUGGGAUGCAAGGAGUUAAGAGGAAAUGGCCUAUUAGGGUCUCGUUAAUCCGAGAGGUCCAGGGCUUCAAACGUAUCUAGAAACGCCUCUAAAAGCCACUAACCAAAAGAGCUAGAAUGGUAAACCUACCAAGUGCUCGUAGGAUUCUCGAAUAACUUCAGAGCAGAACCUAGAAAGGGACAUCAGCAUCCUGCGGUACACUGGACCAGGGCCCUAGCGGAGCGCAGAGGACAACUUCGGGACUAGUUGGACCCACCCUGAAUAUCCAGAGGGAAUCUGGAAAAGUUGUAAGCAAGACAUCAUUUCUCUAAGAAAAUUUUGGAUAGCGGAAGUUCCAGACAACAGGGUCCGCCAGCUCAGUCACCAUGAGUUGGAGCUUCCUGACUCGCCUGCUAGAGGAGAUCCACAACCACUCCACGUUCGUGGGCAAGAUCUGGCUCACCGUGCUGAUCGUCUUCCGGAUCGUCCUCACAGCCGUGGGGGGAGAGUCCAUCUACUACGACGAGCAAAGCAAAUUUGUGUGCAACACAGAGCAGCCAGGCUGCGAGAAUGUCUGCUAUGAUGCCUUCGCGCCUCUCUCCCACGUGCGCUUCUGGGUGUUCCAGAUCAUCCUGGUGGCAACCCCCUCGGUGAUGUACCUGGGCUACGCCAUUCACAAGAUCGCCAAGAUGGAGCACGGCGAAGCAGACAAGAAGGCAGCCCGGAGCAAACCCUACGCGAUGCGUUGGAAACAGCACCGGGCUCUGGAAGAAACAGAAGAGGACCAUGAAGAGGAUCCCAUGAUGUAUCCAGAAAUGGAAUUAGAAAGUGAAAAAGAAAAUAAAGAGCAAAACCAACCGAAACCCAAGCAUGAUGGCCGACGGCGGAUUCGGGAGGAUGGUCUCAUGAAAAUCUACGUGCUACAGUUGCUGGCAAGGACCGUGUUUGAGGUGGGCUUUCUGAUAGGGCAGUAUUUUCUCUAUGGCUUCCAAGUCCACCCAUCUUAUGUGUGCAGUAGAAUUCCUUGCCCUCAUAAGAUAGACUGCUUUAUUUCUAGACCCACUGAAAAGACCAUCUUCCUUCUGAUAAUGUAUGGGGUUACAGGACUUUGCCUAUUGCUUAACAUUUGGGAGAUGCUUCAUUUAGGAUUUGGGACGAUUCGAGACUCACUAAACAGUAAAAGGAGGGAACUGGAAGACCCGGGUGUUUAUAAUUAUCCUUUCACUUGGAAUACACCAUCUGCUCCCCCUGGCUAUAACAUUGCUGUCAAACCGGAUCAAAUCCAGUACACCGAACUGUCCAAUGCUAAGAUCGCCUACAAGCAAAACAAAGCCAACAUCGCCCAGGAACAGCAGUACGGCAGCCAUGAGGAGCACCUCCCAGCCGACCUGGAGACCCUGCAGCGGGAGAUCAGAAUGGCUCAGGAACGCUUGGACCUAGCGAUCCAGGCCUACACUCACCAAAACAACCCCCAUGUUGCCCGGGGGAAAAAAGCCAAAGUGGGGUCUAAAGCCGGGUCCAACAAAAGCAGUGCAAGUAGCAAAUCAGGGAAUGGGAAGACCUCCGUCUGGAUUUAAUCUUGGCUGGGCUUAAAACUUGUGCUUUUCAUAGUUUAUAGUAAGCAACGGCUCACUGAAUAAUGACUUCCAUUGAGUAAACAUUUGGCUCUGGUUAUCUUCAGGGAUGCUGUUGGCUUGUGGUCUGAGCUCAGGGGACUGUAAAGGCAGGGCUGGGACAGGGGAAAAGAAGGGCAGAGUAGUGCUCCUGGGCACGUGUUCCAGACGUGUUCCGGCAAUAAUACAGAACUUUACCUUUGUGUCUUCCAGAUCCGGAAAAGAACAGAUAUAUUUAAAUCAUUCUUGUUGAACGGUUUUUGUAUGUACAGUAUUACGGUAUUAUUAUUUUUUUUUAGUAUGAGAAUUUUUUUUGUACUUGUACAUUGGACCACUGUAGUUAUACUUUUAUAUUAAAGGGGAAAAAAAUCCCAAGGUAAUGCC